AAGCUGCAUUGUGUACUCACUCACCAAUCACUUCCUUCAUAGUUCAAAAGAUAGAAUAUCGUUGAGCAAGCUAAGAGAGAGAUCGAUGGCAUUCCCAAAGAGCACUAUUCUUCUGGUUGCCCUUGUCUUCGCUGUUCUCCUCGUCUCUUCUGAGGUCUCAGCUCACGAAAAUACUGACCACUUCCACGGCAACGAUCACGGACAUGGUGGCCAUGGAAAUGGAGGGCAUGGAGGCAGAGGAUGGCACGGAGGAGAAGGAGGGCAUGGGGGACAUGGUGGCCAUGGAGGACGCGGUGGCCAUGGAGGGCGGGGAGGGCACGGACCGCACGGACCAGGUGCUCAUGAUACUGAGUUUUAGAUAAUUAACCGUCUGCGGCGCCCUUGCCAAAUAUCAGGCCGGCGUGCUAGCUGCAUGAGUAUUAUUAGUAUGAACUAUAUAUGAAUUAGCACUAGCUAGCUUGUAAAAUAAAGCUGUGUUAGUUGAGCAGUAAAUAAAAAAAUGAGCAGUGAUCCAAAAACUCUCAAUGAAGCAUUGGCAGGUUAUUUGCUUAUAA